AUGUUCUCGUUCAAGGGCAAGGGAGACAUCACUCCCGUCGAGGAGCAAACUCCACCCUACGCUGAGUCCGACAAGGACAGCGAGCAUGGCGGAGAGAUCUACCAGACCAGUGAUUCGAGAAGAACCAUUGGUCUCACCAGCGCCGUCUUCCUCAUCUUUAAUCGUAUGAUCGGCACUGGUAUUUUCUCCACUCCUUCCAGCAUUGUGGCUCUCAGUGGAAGUGUGGGCCUGGCCCUGUUCAUUUGGGUUGCCGGUAUGGUUAUUGCUGCCGCCGGUAUGGCUGUGUACCUGGAAUUCGGAACUGGCCUGCCUCGCAACGGUGGUGAGAAGAACUACCUCGAAUACGUGUACACGAAGCCGAAGUUCCUUGUCACUGGUUUCUACACCGGCUAUGUUAUUCUUCUUGGCUGGGCGGGCUCCAACUCCGUCGCCUUCGGCGAGUACAUCCUGAAUGCUGCCAACGUCGAAGUCAACCGCUGGAACCAGCGCGGUAUUGGUCUGGCCUGCAUCACCACUGCCUUCCUGAUCCACGGUCUGGCCCUGAAGUGGGGUCUGCGCCUGCAGAACCUGCUGGGCGUGAUCAAGCUCAUCAUCAUCUUGAUCAUCAUCUUUUCUGGUUUUGCGGCUCUUGGUGGCCACCUCAAGAUCGACAACAAGCCCGACAACUUCUCGAACGCCUUUGAGGGCACGACCGGCUCUUCGUACGGUGUCGUGACGGCGCUUUACAACGUCAUCUGGUCGUACAUCGGCUACAGCAACGCCAACUACGCCAUGUCCGAGAUGAAGAACCCCGUCCGUACCCUCAAGCGUGCCGCACCGAUCGCCAUCAUCUCCGUUGGCAUCAUGUACAUGCUUGUCAACAUCGCCUAUUUCGCCGCCGUUCCUCGCGAUGAGAUUGCCAACAGUGGCCGCAUCCUUGCCGCCUCUUUCUUCCGCAACGUCUUCGGCCCCAAGGCCGAGCGUGCUCUCUCGGUCUUCGUCGCCCUCUCUGCUUUCGGCAACGUCAUGUCCGUCAUCUUCUCACAGGGUCGUAUUGUUCAGGAGUUGGGUCGUGAGGGUAUCCUGCCCUUCUCCAGUUUCUUCGCCAGCAACAAGCCGUUCAACGCGCCCCUGGCUGGCCUGUUCGAGCACUGGGUCGUCUCCGUCAUCAUCAUGCUCGCGCCUCCUCCUGGUGAUGCCUACAACUUCAUCCUCAACGUCAUCUCCUACCCGCUGGCCAUCGUCAACGUCUUCGUCUCGGGCGGCCUCGUGCACCUCUACCUGAACCGCGACAAGUACAACUGGCACCCGCCGAUCAAGGCCACGCUGCCCGUCACCAUCUUCUUCCUGCUGUCCAACAUCUACCUCGUCAUCGCGCCGUACAUCCCGCCGGAGACGGCCGACCAGAACGUCUACAACGACCUGCCCUACUACCUGCACUGCGUUGUCGGUACCGCCAUCAUCAUCGCCGGCGGCAUUUACUGGCUGUUCUGGGCCCAGCUACUACCCAAGCUCGGCGGCUACAAGCUGCGCAAGGAGGUCUUCGUCGACGACGACGGUUGGUCGCGGAGCAUCUUCGUCAAGGUCAAGGACGACGAGGAGUAA